GUGGAAAUAAAAAGGUGGCAACAUUUAUAGCCAAUAUAUUUCACACUAACAAAGUGAAGUCAACCAAACGAAAAAGGAUUACAUUGUAAAAUAAAUCAAAAGACAUAACGAAAAAUAAAUAAAAUUCGAAAAAUAACAAUAUCAACUAAAGUCAAUAUUAAUCAAGAAAUAUAAGAAGUAACCUAAACUAAUCAUUGACUUUAAAGUUAAGGUUCCAGGCAAAGUGUGCAUUUUCUAUUACCAUCUGUUCGUUGUCGAUUCUGUGGAUACCUUUGGAGAAGAAGAAGAUUAGAACUUGAAAAAACAACAUUUGUUUCUAUUAUUGAAAAUGUACAAGAAACGUAAAAAUGAACAGAAAACUGUGGCUGAGAAAGUGGCUGGUCUUAUCAUACAUCCUAACGGAAACGAGACUGAUGAAGAGACCACAGCAAUUGAAGAAAUCGCAAAGCCACUCGUGGCAGAAUUUGAUGAUGAUGAAUACCAAUUACCAGAAGAUGCUCGUGCAACUGAAUUUAGGAAAAAAAACAUGAUAUUAUUGUCUGAACAAAGUGUACGUUAUAAAGGAAAAAUAACCAGUCGAAAGGAAUUGGAAGCAAGCGAUAGCGAAGAUGACAGUGACGAAGGAAGCGAACAAAAUGUGCCUGCAUUUUCUGACUCGAAUGAAGAGAGCACGUCUGCGAAUCAGUCAAAAAUUGAAUAUGAAAAUUCUUCCAGUGAGGAUGUUGAUGAUGAAACGGAAAUGAGCGAAUUCACAGAGGAAAGCGAAGACGACAUAGAAGAAGAGACUAAAGAUGAUAACCAUCUGUUUAAUAAAGCAAACUAUGAAACUGAAAUUCAAAAAGGUGUAUGCGUACAAAAUCAACUACGUAUUUGGGAACGUCUGCUAGAGCUGCGCAUACAUUCGCAAAAGAUAUUAACUAAAGCAAAUGAGUUACCUAAACCUGAGGAAAUGCAAGAUUGUUUGAAAAAUCAACAAAAUUUCGCAGAUAUUUUGAAUCCUUCGCUGAAGCUUCUGAAUCAGUUAAUUGACCUACAGGAUUAUUUCACUAAUCAAUUUUCUGAACUGAAGAGAGUUGCAAGAGCAGGCGACAAAAGGCCCUACCCUUUUACGAUAGAUGAAGUUCAAAGUGAACAUCCGCUUAAGCAAAUCAAUCAAAGUCUACAAGAACGCUUUGAGAAUUUUCGUUCAUAUCGCAAUGAGAUCUUAGCCAAGUGGGACGAUCGCACGAAGUUGCUAUAUCCUGGAGCAGGUGGAAGGAAAAAAUUUCCCGAGGAAUAUGAUAUAAUUAAAAAAAUUGAUAACGCCUUGAUGAACAAAUCCACUUUGAUAAAAAAAUCUCAACAACUGCAUAAUAAAUCUUUGCAUAAAAAUGAAAAUAAUGAUUCUAUGGAAAAAUCGGAAAUUAUGUUAAAUCCGAACGUAUACGAUGAUAGCGAUUUUUAUCAUCAGCAAUUACGAGAAUUAAUUGAAUAUAAAACCAGUACAAGCGCAAGUCUCAGUGAAGUUACUAAACAAUUUAUAGAACUACAAAAAGUUCGACAAAAAAUGAAGAAAAAAAUCGACACCAGGGCCAGUAAGGGCAGGAAAAUACGUUACUUAGUUCAUAAAAAAUUGAUUAAUUUUAUGGCGCCACACGACAAUACCAGCUGGUCCGAGGAAUCUAAAGAUGAAUUGUUUAAAUCUCUAUUCGUUUGAUAUAAAAUGGAAAGA